GCAGCGUUGUUCAUGAAACUCGGCAGUAGGGAGUUAUUUAGUUCAGGGAAUAAAUACGUGAAUAUUUCUUGUGUUUUGUGAAUGUGCUCUUACUAUAUGAUGAAGUUUCUAGUGAUUUUAAAAUAGAGUUUUAGUGAAAUGAAAAGAAUAUUCAGUGGCAAAGAACCCGCGGAAUUCAAAUGACUCACCAUAGGAAGGUAUUUUGAGAGCAAUGAAAGUAAAACGGUGGACAUAAAAUGGCCGAGCAGCGCCUAAAUCAGUGUUUGUUUAUUUGUAUCGUUGUCUCGCUCUUGCCUAUGGCGGAGGUGUACGAAGGUGCGCGGAGUUUCCCGAGCGAGGAGAAGCGCUUGACCAGGGAGUACCACUUGAGGCAGGGGGCUUUAAGAGGCCUGAUCGUGAAGCCGGGGAAACAGUAUGAUCUGCAGCCCGUUGAAAUGUUCCUAGGUAUACCGUAUGCUGCACCGCCUGUUGGUAGCUUGCGGUUCAUGCCUCCAGUCAGCGCUCCACCAUGGUCCGGAUUAAAGAUGGCGACCCGUUUCGCGCCAGUUUGCCCCCAAAGCUUGCCACAGAUAAAAAAGGGGAAUCCCCCAUCGUUGGGAAGACAGAACUAUGUGAACCGUCUCAAACCCUUCUUAAAAGAAGAGUCUGAAGACUGCCUGUAUUUGAAUAUCUACGUUCCUUAUAGAGAGCAAAAAACGAAGAAAUUUCCCGUUCUCGUGUUUAUUCAUGGAGACUCCUUUGAGUGGAGUUCAGGAAAUCCUUACGAUGGAAGGAUUUUAGCUUCGUACGGGAAUGUUAUGGUUAUCACAGUGAACUUUCGGCUUGGAAUAUUGGGCUUCAUGAAACCAAGUCUAACAGAACACGUAUACGGUAACAACGGUCUUCUCGACCAGUUAGCAGCUUUACAAUGGAUAAAGGAUAACAUAGAAGACCUGAAUGGGGACCCGAGAUCUGUGACCCUCAUGGGCCAUGGGACUGGGGCGGCUUGUGUCAACUUUCUGAUGCUGUCUCCUAUUUCUAAUGGGCUAUUCCACCGCGCAAUCCUAAUGUCAGGUUCAGCACUAUCCGACUACGCGAUGACCCGCGACCCCGCACAGUACACACUACAAGUAGCGCAGAGUCUCGGCUGCAGCCCCAGCGGGAGGCACAUGAUGACCUGUCUCCAGAAUAAGCCAUUAUCAGAAAUAAAGAAAGUCCAGAUAUUGUCACGAGAAUUCGAAACGCCUCUAGGACCAGUUGUAGCGGGCUCCUUCAUACCAAGCGAACCUACACAAACCAUGGCAUCGUUUCCUAAUCUGCUUAGCAAAUACCAAUUACUAAGCGGUGUAACAGAAUCAGAGAGCUACCACGACUUCGGGGUCAUUGAACUGGAUCACGGCGUUUUGGAGAACCAGAGAGACGAAUUUAUUAAAAAGUACGCGAAAAUUGUCUAUGAAGGUGCUGAAGAUAUUGCUUUGAAGGAGAUAUUGAAACAAUAUUCUCCCUCAAAACUGGACCCUCAACGUUGGUCCGUAGAAACGAACCGUGACGUCAUCCUGAACCUCUUCAGUGACGCAAGAACGUUAUCACCAAUGAUAAGAGUCGCCAAUUAUCAGUCGAAAGCGAACAGACAGUCGUAUUUCUAUGUGUUCGGACAUAAUUCUGUUAGCACGGAUUAUGCGCCUCUCAACAAAAGCGUGCACGGCGAAGAAAUGCCAUACGUUCUAGGAAUACCACUAGGAGGGGCUACUACACAUUUACACUCAGAAUAUACGCUGCGAGAGAAACUGUUGAGUGAAGUUGUUAUGCGAUUGUGGACUAAUUUUGUUAAGAAUGGAUCUCCAAACACACAGAGCGUGAACGAAUACUACACUUUGGAUAGAAAAGUAUGGAAUCAAUACAAUGUAGAGUGGCCGGAAUAUAAUGUCGCACAUCAACCUUAUUUACGACUGGAUAUACCGCCGUCUAUAAACAGUCUAUAUAGAUCGAACUACACAUCCUUCUGGCUUGAUACUUUACCAAACAAAUUGAGCAGAUAUGUUGUUGAUCCUUUAUAUGCGUUUACACAAACAACAACUACGCAAAGGAAUAGAGUCACACACAGACCUAUAGAAACAAUCAGAAAAUCGAUAUACCCGCCCGUAGUCCACCACACCGACUACAGUCAGCCACUUUACGGCAAACUGCGUCCAAACCCACCUCAAUACAGACCCGAUACAGACAACAUAUACCGUGAAAUACAAGCCAUAAAAACCCCAUCCAGACCAAUCCCACCCAGUUUAAAAACCCCAUAUAUCUACACUACAGAAAAACCAACUUUAACCAUAGCAAAAACUUCAAAUAGUACAGUCACACUCAUUAUUUCCCUCACAAUUCUAUUCUUAGCGUUCAACAUAAGUAUAUGCGGUGUAUUGUAUUUCAAAAAGCGGAGAUUACGGCUCCGAGCCUUAGAGCGUUCGGAAAUAGGUGAAGUGGAUGUAAUCGGACAGAAAAGUUCAGAAAGCGCUUUGCGCAAACUCAAAAACGGGUGCAGCGUUAUAAAGUCCAUGAAAAUACAGAAAAAGAAAGUUAAGGAAUGUAAAACGCCGAAAUCAGAUGAUUCCGGCGGGUUUAGAGAACGGUUUCAGUUACGACGCCAUUUGUCGACGAGUACGUUAGAUGCGCACACUAAAGUUAGAGAUUGGAUCACAAAUGAAGUUAUGCAUCGAUGUUCACCGAGUAUUUUGAGAAAAUCCAAUUCGGAAAGUGAAAAAAAUAAACAAUUCACCCGAUCUGAGGAGUUGUUAACGGAAAAGAAAAAUAAAGCUGACAAAAUCGAUGUGACACAAUCCAAUUUAUUGGCGAAGAAUUUUAGAAAUAAAACGUCUGAAAAGACUACUUCUACGUCCGCGUUAGAUUCACAAUCAUCGAUUAGUAAACUUUCAGUGGGGAAAACUAGUAAAUCGAAUGAAUCUAUUAAAAGCAAGGAUAGUGCUAAAUCCAAAAAGGUAUCAGUAGCUAUCGAUGCUACGCCCGCAGCAAGAACAAACUCCAUAUUAAAACAAGAACCAAUAGAAUUAUCUAAAUCCUUUGAUUGCAUAGAAAAAGGUGUGCAAGUAUCAAACAAAUUGCAAAGAUCGAAAACAGUUGGUGACGAUACAUACUCAAAAGUUUCCAAACCAAAAACUACAGAAAGUACACAAACACAGGCUCAAAAUCAAAUAUACACAAAUGAAGUGACGCUUUCCCUACAAAACAGGCCUUUAAAAAUAUCACACAAGCAUUCCACAUCCGAUCCCGUUACGGACGUAAACUAUGAACAACUAAUGAGACAAAUGCAAAAAGAAACAAUGAAUAUACUUCCUCCAAUGACAUUCCGAAAUGAAAUCAACGUAACAUCACGCGAUGACAAUCAAACUCCACUUCUAUCACCGGAAGAAGCGCUAUUAACAAUUAAACGCAGAAACUUCCCGAAAGUGCUCCCCGACUUUCCGAAGUCACAGAAAAGGCUUUCCCUACAACCGAGUUUACAAACUUUCGGUUAUAUCGACAGCCAAACAGACAGAAAAGUUCCGCCUCUACCGCCGCCCAGAACUACAACUUUAGAGCGGCGUCUCGCGUACAAGAACACUAAAUUACUUUCCUCUUUCGACGCGCCGAGAAAGAUAAAUGAAAACUCGAAUUAUGAAAAUAUCGACGAUUUAACGCAUUCCGAAAAAUCUAAAUCUAUUGAAAACCGACCAAUAGAACCUACACCCUCAUCACAAAGAGAAUUUCCGCGAGUAAUAAUUGCAUCUACAUCAGAACCAAAAAUUAUAAUACAGCCUUCUUUAAGUCAAGUAGAAAUUCCAUCAAACGCACCAAGAGUUCGUUUACCCGAUGACUUUCAUUCCGGUUCAGUCACAUCAUUUUCGUCAUACUAUUCAGACGAUGACGAUGAAAUUGAUGACAUCGAUGACGAUUUUGAAGAUAAACUUUUAAAAGAAUUAGUUGGUGGAGUAGAAUCUCCAACAGAAGAUGUUUUAGACUCCAAAGGCCCAGAUACAAUAUUACGCAAAGUAGAAAUAGUUCCAGUAAAAUUAAACACAGUACAGACACAGAAAAGUAGUGAUUACGUUUGCGUAACUGACUUAUUACUUCCAGAUGUAACGAAUUUAGAACAAACUGCGCAAAUAAAACCUAACUUCAGUUUAAAUAAGUUAAAAAAUAGGAGUGAAAGUAUUAAUAGACCUCCAGAAAAGGCGGUGAAAGUUGAACAGAAAAGACGAAAGACUGGAGCGAUUUUGAGUAGAGUUAAAAGUAGUGGUAGCGGGAAAAGUGAUAGUCAAUUGGAACAUUCUACGUCAGGCUCAUCUAAUGAUACUGAAACUAGUACGGGAACUGUGAGAAAAGUCGAAAAAUAAUACUAGUGUUUAUUGUAAAUAGUGAUAACAUUCUUACAUUAACUUAAAAAGAGCGUGUGUUCUGAACACCCGUGUCAGAAGUGAAACUUCUUUCGCAAGAUUCAAAGAUACCAAAAUCGUCGCCUUACUCCUUGACGUGACGGUAUUGCCAUGACGCGACUUUGAAGUUUUUCUCUCAACGCGCUUAAAGAAGUUGUUUCACUUCAAACAUGUGUGAUAGUUUAGUCGCAAAAUCGCUAAGAUUAGUGACAAGUAAAAUUUAUUUCAUGUAAAAAUGAAUGAAAUGUAGCCAAAGAACGAUAAAAUAAUUCAAAGUUAGUUUUAACAAAAUAUGUAUUU